GCCGAUUCGCGCGCGCGCUCACUGCGAUCCGAGAUCACCGGGGCUCAGGGCCCCCAUCUCUCACCAGGGCUCCGGACUCAUCUCAUCUUAACGCUGACAACGAAGAAGCUCUUCCGUCAUCCAGAAUGACGAUGUUCGCGGGGUAGCGACGUACAUCGACAAGCUGAGGUCUGCACCACCUAAGAAGAAUCGCUACCCUGAGUCACCGAGCUGCGAGUGAAGCUGACGGAGAUUCCAGCUAUAAUUCUCAUGAGAGAACUUAAACAACGAAGCCCCUGAAGUGAGGGCGGGAGAGGCAUCAGCGAGUGCCCGUAUGAAGCUGGCAGCUGCACGAACAAAGGAAAGCACGGAGAAGAGAAAGUGACAAGUGAAAACAAGCAAUCAACCUGUAGAAAGGGUGGAAAUUGCCAAGCGUCGACCAAGCGAGCAUCUAAAAGGACGAGCAGCAGCGGAUAAGCAACAAGAGCCAUCUUCCAUCGCCAGAGCGCUCCAAGCCGGUGAGCGCGCACAGCCGUGUCGUCCAGAGCCUGAGCCAACACAGCCUGAAGUAAGGGCGAGUGUCCGUGUGAAGUUGGCAGCGAUCAAGGAGAGAGCGACAGCAGCACGCCGACCCGGGCGUCAACGAGCGUCGUGCCGAAUCAACAAUCAUCCAGCAGUGGAGAAGCCUGGAGCUGCCACCAAGAGAGAGAGAGAGCGCCAUCGAAUGCGCCGUGUGUUUGAUGCACACACCGACCAACACCUAGUGAGAACAGACAAGACGUCCAGCAGCGACGACGGAAUCAUCGCGCACCACGUCGGCAAGCGUCGUGCCAACUCAAUCGAGCAGUGGAGAGAGGGAGCAGCACGGGCUCGCUGCGGCCACGCCCAAGCGAGAGGAGCUUCUCUGGCUGCUGGUUGUAUCUUCCUCCACCCCACAAGCUAACGACACAACUCCCGGCUCUAAGAAAAUUCUGACGCUUCCUCUGUCGCUUCCUCUGCAAAAUUGGUCUGAUGGAGCAAAGGCACUCGGCGCAGCUCGAUGCAAAAAGGCAACAAUGCGACCAGCGUGCAUACAGCACGGAUCAUUCUGGACAUUUGACACAGCACCAGAGAACUCACACAGGAGAGAAACCCUUCAAGUGCACUGUGUGUGGGAAGGCGUUUUCACAUUCAUCUCCUCUUAUAACACACCAGAGAACACACACAGGAGAGAAACCCUUCAAGUGCAGUGUGUGUGGGAAGGCGUUUGCACGUUCAUCUGCUCUUGUAGAACACCAGAGAACUCACACAGGAGAGAAACCCUUCAAGUGCACUGUGUGCGGGAAGGCAUUUUCAUGGCCAUCAGCUCUUCAGACUCACCAGAGAUCACACACAGGAGAGAAACCUUUCAAGUGCAGUUUGUGUGAGAAGGCAUUUUCAAGUUCAUUUUAUCUUAAAAUGCACCAGAGAACACACACAGGAGAGAAACCCUUCAAGUGUAGUGUGUGUGGGAGGGAAUUUUCAGUUUCAUUUUAUCUUAAAAUGCACCAGAGAACACACACAGGAGAGAAACCCUUCAGGUGCACUCUGUGCGGGAAGGCGUUUGCACAGUCAUCUACUCUUCAGACCCACCAGAGAACACACACGAGAGAGAAACCUUUCAAGUGCAGUGUGUGUGGGAAGGAAUUUUCAGGUUCAUCACAGCUUGAAAGACACCAGAGAACACACACAGGAGAGAAACCCUUCAAGUGCACUGCGUGUGAGAAGGCAUUUGAUUGGCCAUCAGUUCUUCAUAGACACCAGAGGACACACACGCAUCAGAAGAUCCCCAAGGAGUGUAGUCUGCAAUCGACUUGUGAAAGUCAAAGUGCUGCAAUGAGCCCAUCCCUCCUGAAAAAAGAACCAGAAGUAAAUUCCAGCUUGGACACUAUGAAAUGUAUCGAGGUGAAAUUUGAAGAGACGAAGGUGAAAUGUGAAGAAGUGAUGGUGACGAGCAAAGAAGUGAAGGUGAAAUGUGAAGAAGUGAUGGUGAAGAGUGAAGAAGUGACGAUAAAAUGUGAAAAUGAAGAUUCAACUCCAAAAUCAGACCUUCACAUCGAUGGAGGCAACGUGAAGCAGGAGGAGAAUUCUGACUGUGAAGCAGAGCGUGGCAACUCCCAGCAGUUUGUGGAAGUUGAGGUGUGGGUGGACUUCUUAGACAAUACAGUCAAAUAGAGUCCAGGUAGAUGUGUAAUCUUGAGACAAUUAAGUCCUUUUAAUGAAAAGAAUGUGAAGUUGAACACUCAAUUUCUAGGUUCAAACCUGCAAAGUAAGAGCGGCCAGUAUUUGCGGACCUGGGGGUUGGGUAGAUCUCUAUCCAGGAGUCACAGCCAAUAAGCUCCCAAGUAUUCACAAUGUUUUCAUAAUAAUAUUAGCAUUUAUCUGGUGCUUGCUUAAUUGCCUCAGCAACUCGGAGUUUUGUAUCACAUCUCAUCACAAACACUUGAACAGCAUGUUGUAUAUACAGGUAGUCCUCUACUUACGAUAGAGAUGCGUUAGGAUGACCUCAUCAUAAGUUAAAAAUAUUGUAAGUCGAAGAUGGCCUAGCCUACCCAGGAGUCUUAAAGAAUGGUGAUAAUUUAGCAAAAUAGAGCAAUUUACAGUACCGUACUGUAUAAACUAUAUACUGUACGUUUUUAUUAAUUACAAUACUAUGCUUGGUUCUUUCGGUAAAGUCACGUAG